AUGGCCGUUUCGCAGUCUGGGAAGGCCAAGGCGGCCCCCAAAGCCAGCAAUGGCUCAACACGACGCGGCACGCAGAUGCACCGCCGUUCAAGAACAGGUUGCUAUACCUGCAGAUUAAGACGAAAGAAGUGCGACGAAGGCACUCCUCUUUGCACAGCUUGCAAGCACCUUGGCCUGCAAUGUGAAUAUAAGCGACCCAUGUGGUGGAGCAACAACGAUGCGCGCAAGAAGCACAAGGAGGAUAUCAAGGGCAUCAUUAAGCGCAAGAAGCUGUCAGAAAAGUCAUCGCACGCCUCCAUCUCAACCUCUGUCACUUCUUCACCUCCUGGCCUGUCACACUCCGUGCCCUCAUCCGCCACAUACACCGAUCCCAUGGACCGCAACAGGUCUGCGUCUAUCGAUUCUCACUUCUCAAACGGCUUCAACUUCAACGGCCCGAUGCACCAGGCCGACUACUCCUCUUACAACUCUCAAAUGCCGCCAGACUUCAUGAUUGGCUCCUACUCACCCUACGAGAUUGAUGUCAAGACGGAGCGACAAAUGUUCAUCAACGACAUCCCAACGUUGAAAGAGUCUCAAGUGUCUACCUUUAGCACUUACUGCCCGCCUCCGCCACCAGGAACCGUCCUGCAGUCGGGUAGCCUUCCGGGAAGUUGGGUCGAGCAGGUUCACGAGGAGCGCCGCGAAUCGCUGGCCGAGGAGGCGCUCAACGUCAACUUCUUUGACUUUUCUCACGGACCUUCCUACGACUCCAGGCAGGUCAAGAUUGAGCUGGAUGAGAAUGACCAGCGCUUGUUUGACCACUUCAUCCAGUUCGUCCUGCCCACCAUCUUCCCCAUCCUGGAGACGAACCAGCAUGGAUCGGUGGCGUCAGACCUGAUUCUCCCUGCCCUGCAGUCCAACAACACAUAUCUGCACUGCUGCCUGAGCAUCGCCGCCCAGCAUCUCAAGUCUCUGUCCGCUGGUCCCAGCGAGGACAUUGACCAUGACAUCAUGCGACACCGCUACGCGACUAUCUGGUCGCUCUGCGAGUCGCUGAAGCGCGAUGAAAACUACCAGCAGAUCCUCGAGGCUACUCUUGGACUCAUCUUCUUCCAGUGUGUCGUUGGCCGCUCGUCAAACGAGGAGCUGCUUGACAUUGCAUGGCACCAGCACUUCCAAGCUGCCAUCAACCUGGUGACCAAGCUGGACCUCCCCCGUCAAGUCUUGGACCCUGCCACGCCGAUGACGCAGACUCCAUUCAACAUGACCCUGACCGCCUGGAUUGACAUCCUUGGCGCCACCAUGCAGGGAACAUCCCCUACCUUUGCGCACACGUACCGCGAGAAGCACCUGUCUCAAGCAAAUCCAUACAUGGGUCUGCGCGAGCUCAUGGGCUGCGAGGACCGAGUCAUGUAUCUCAUUUCUGAGAUUGCCUGCCUCGAGUCUCUCAAGAGAGACGGCAUGGAUGAUUUCACUCUCUGCCAGCACGUUUCCGCCCUAGGCGAGCAGAUCAGCCUCACCGAGGUCGGUGAGUUUACGCCCAGGAUGCCCUACAACGCCAACGGCACACUGUCGCCGAAGCAGCUUUCCAAGAACAUCACGGCCGCCUUCCGCCUUGCGGCGCGCAUUUACCUGUGCAGCUUGGUGCCUGGCUUUAGCCCUGAGCAGCACUCACCGAUGGGUCUGGUUGAUAAGCUUACCAAUGUCUUGCGAUUUAUCCCGUCGGGCCCAGAAGGGUUUGACCGCAGCUUGGUCUGGGUCUACCUCCUGUGCGGCUCCAUCAGCCUGCCCGGCUCCGAAUUCCGCGCCCUCUUUGAGGAGCGCGUUGCGCAGCUCGGCGAGCAGGCCAACUGUGGCUCUUUUGGCCGAAUGGUCAUGGUGCUCCGUGGCCUCUGGCUUCACAACGACAACUUGUCGAGGCUCGGCACUCCCGAGAGCGCCGGCUCCGAUGUGCCUCAGCAGUAUCUCCAUUGGCGAGAUCUCAUGCGGAUGCAGAAUAUGGACUACCUGCUCAUGUAA